CAGAAUAAUGCGUCACUGGGAGAGGUCAACGCGCAGGCGUAGUGUUGUGUUUAGAGUGGUUGAUCGGUAGCUUCUGUCACCGGGUUGGAAAGUGCGUCUUUAAAGACGAAUUGUGCUGAAUAGCACUUGAAGUUUGUACCCAUAUAUAAAGCAAAGCUGAAACUUCAGCGCCGAACAAGAAGAUACACAUGGCUGCAGACAAAGCAGGAGAACAGAGUACUGAAAAGAAUGAGAGUUCGGCUAACUGCUCUGGUAUAUCUGACCAGGAAAAGGAAUUGUCUAGAAGUGCUCUACAGGCUUUCACAGCAGCAAAUUAUGAUGCGUGUCUACAGCACCUGGUGGAAUUGAAAGAAAUCAACAAAGAUGAUUACAAAAUAGUUCUGAAUACAGCAGUGGCAGAGUUCUAUAAAAAUGACCAGAGCACAACAGAUAACUUGAAACAGGCUCUAAACCAAUUAAGGAACGAGGUUCAUUCGGCUGUGGAUGAAAUGGACAGCUUAGAUGAUGUUGAAAACAGCAUGCUUUAUUAUAAUCAGGCAGUCAUUCUGUAUUAUUUGCGUCAGUACUUAGAAGCAAUUGCAAUUACUGAAAAACUGUAUCAAAUUAUUGAACCAUUUGAAGAGAAAUUUGCACACGCAGUGUGCUUCUUGCUUGUGGAUUUAUAUCUCCUAACUUACCAGACAGAAAAAGCCUUACACCAUCUAGUGGUCCUGGAAAAAAUGAUUUUGCAGGGGAAUAACAAUAAUAAAAAUGGAAAAAAUAGUGAGACAAACAAUAAUAGCAACAACAAAGAGUCCUCAACCCUAAAAGCUGAAGUAGGAAGUCAUGCAGAAACUGCAAAAUCAAAAAUUCAUCAGUAUAAAGUAAGAGCCUACAUCCAGAUGAAGUCCUUGAAAGCAUGUAAAAGGGAGAUAAAGUCUGUUAUGAAUACAUCUGGAAAUUCGACGCCGUCAUUGUUUCUGAAGAGCAAUUUUGAAUAUCUUCGAGGCAACUACCGAAAAGCAGUAAAACUUCUUAACUCUUCAAAUAUUGCUGAACAUCCAGGAUUCAUGAAAACCGGGGAAUGUGCCAGGUGUAUGUUCUGGAAUAAUCUUGGGUGUAUUCAUUUUGCAAUGGGAAAACACAAUUUAGGAUUAUUCUACUUCAAAAAAGCUCUUCAGGAAAAUGAUAAUGCAUGUGUACAAUUAGCUGCAGCAUCUACAGAUCCUGGCAAGAAGUUUUCUGGCAGACCAAUGUGUACACUGCUUACCAACAAACGUUAUGAGCUGCUGUAUAACUGUGGAAUUCAGCUUCUUCAUGUCGGAAGGCCACUAGCUGCUUUUGAGUGUUUGAUAGAAGCUGUCCAGGUCUAUCACACAAACCCUCUGCUCUGGUUAAGAUUAGCUGAAUGCUGCAUAGCUGCUAAUAAAGGGACUUCAGAGCAAGAAUCAAAAGGUCUACCAAGCAAGAAGGGAAUAGUGCAAUCCAUUGUAGGCCAAGGUUAUCAUCGCAAAAUUGUUCUAGCAUCACAGUCUGUUCAGAAUCUUCUGUACAAUGAUGGGGAGUCAACUGCUAUUCCUGUAGCCAGCAUGGAAUUUGCAGCCAUAUGUUUGAGAAAUGCUUUGCUGCUUUUACCGGAGGACCAGCAAGAUGUAAAACAAGAAAAUGGCUCCAAAAGUGGUGUGCAAACAGGCAACACGGACUCUGGUGGAGAAAGCAGUGAAGCAUGCAGUAAUAAAAGCCAUGACGGAGAUAAAUUCAUUUCAGCCCCACCUUCUUCUCCCCUUAGAAGACAAGAGCUUGAAAGUUUAAGGUGUUCCGUUCUUGCCUGCAGCGCCUAUGUAGCAUUAGCAUUGGGUGAUAACCUCAUGGCUUUGAAUCAUGCAGAUAAACUUCUGCAGCAACCACGAUUAUCUGGAUCUCUUAAGUUUUUGGGUCAUUUAUAUGCUGCUGAAGCUCUCAUCUCCCUGGACAGGAUCUCGGAUGCCAUCACUCACUUGAACCCUGAGAACGUCACAGAUGUGUCCCUAGGGGUUUCUUCAAAUGAGCAGGAACAAGGAUCUGACAAAGGGGAAAAUGAACCCACAGAGUCAGCGGGAAAACAGAUGCCACAGUGCUACCCAAGUUCAGUCACCUCAGCGCGCACUAUGAUGCUGUUUAAUCUUGGUAGCGCCUAUUGCUUGCGCAGUGAAUAUGAUAAGGCUCGCAAAUGUCUUCACCAGGCUGCAUCUAUGAUUCAUCCAAAAGAAAUCCCACCAGAGGCGAUCCUGCUGGCAGUGUAUCUCGAGCUACAGAACGGAAACACCCAACUGGCAUUGCAGAUUAUCAAAAGGAACCAACUUCUCCCAUCCAUUAAAAUUAUGUCAGAACUCCGAAAGAAACCAGUUUUUCAGCCGAUCCAUCAACCUCUGCAGCCAAUUCAGAUGCCAGCUUUUACCACCGUUCAAAGGAAAUAAUAUAUGGUUGCGUGGGACUGUCAGAUUAGAAGCUCCAAAAUCUUUCAUUCAACAUAUCAAUAAAUAACGUACUGGAUAAUAUUGGCAUAUAGCUGUUGUUUUUUAUUUUUAUGUUUUGCAGACAGAUCUCAUUUCUUUAUCUGGAGCAUUAGGAUUAACCAACCUUUGUGAAAUAUGUCCAUUCUUUAUUGUAAACAAUUGGCAAUCAUAAGCAAAUACACUGGAAAUAAAUACAUCUUAAAGGGACACUCAGGUCAAAAUUCAACGUUAAUGAUUCAGACAGAGCACGCCAUUUUAAACAACUUUAAAAUUUACUCCCAUUCACAAAAUGUGCACAGUCAUUUUAUAUUUACACUUUGAGUCACCAGCUCAUACUGAGCAUGUGCAAGAAUUCACAGAAAAUAUGUAUAUGAAUUUGUGAUUGGCUGAUGGCUGUCACAUUAUACAAAAGUGUAAAUAGACAUAAUUUGUCUGAAAAAAAUGUAUUAUUCAUUUGAAGUUCAGACUAAGUGCUAUUGUUUUGUCUUUUUAUCACGCAUUUGUUGAUUAUGCAAAGCUACUGUAUUUACUGGUCCUUUAAAGAAUAAUCACAAGCCAACAUAAGAAUUUUUUUUGUGCAUAUGUAAUGCUGUUACUUCAAUACAGUCUCAAUUUUAAUGAAAUGCCAACAAAUAUAUUAAGGUUGGAUCCAUACAUUUUGUAAAUGAUGUAAUAAGAAAAAAAAUAAAAACUAUUGGAUUUUAUCUAAAGAAA